GUUUUUUUAUUUAAUUUUUUAAAAAACUCAACAAACUGAAUUUUAAAUCCUGUAAAAAUUAAAACGGCGUUGAUACAAAUUUUUUAAUGUAGUCAGCAUCUGUGUAGUAAAAGAAUAAAAUUCAUUUUUAUUUUCUGUAUACACUCACUAUAGGACUUGUUUGACUUCAUUUCGUUUGCUACGUUUGGUUAAAAAAAUAUUUAUUCUAAAUACUUAUACGAACGAUCAGUCUUACUUCAUGCUUCAUUGAGUCAAGUCGGUUGAUUUUCAUCUCGCAUAAAUAUUAUAAUAAUAAGAAGGAAUAUACGCAAAAAAAUUAAUGGAAAAAAUUAGUUUACAAAAUAUAACAAUGGAUAUUAAUUUACCCAGAGACUAUAGCUUAUCAUCUUCGGAUAUUAGAUUAAAAAGUGACAUGAAUGAGGCUAAUAAUAAUAAUAGUAAUAAUAAUAAUAAUCAUACACUUAGUAAAUCAAUGAAACUUAAUUUUGGUGUUGAGAGAUUAUUAUCAAAAAAUUAUGAUAAAUUAAAUAAACAUAUUGACGAAUCUAAAGACAAAGGAAUGUUAUUAAAUUUAGUGUCAAAUAAUAUAGAAACAGAUACAGGAAACAAUUAUCAAGGAUUAAAUUUGUUACAUCAGCAACUUAUUAACACAAAUAUAAAUGGAUUACCUAAUCAAAAUUGCAUUCUUAAACCAUUUCCACUGAGAUUUGGUAAAAAUCAUAAUGGAUAUAUGCAUCAACCGCCGAGUUAUUUUCAAUCAAGUCUUAGAAAAGUGUCGAUGACUGAUUUAUCAAAUUCUUCUUCAAAUUAUUCUGCCAUAAAUGUUUAUCAGAAUAUUCUAAGAUUACCUUCAAUCGCCCAGUUAUCACCCAACACAAGUGCAGCACAGUAUCUAAAUCAAAAAAUGGUAAAAACAGCAUCAGAUGCAGAGAAAGUCAUAGGGAUGAUACCUUCAAAUGGAAAUGUAAAGAGAAAACGAUCAUGGUCAAGAGCAGUCUUUUCAAAUCUUCAAAGGAAAGGAUUAGAGCGUCAGUUUGAAUUUCAAAAAUAUAUUACUAAACCUGAUAGAAAAAAAUUGGCAGCAAGAUUAGGAUUAAAAGAUUCUCAAGUAAAAGUGUGGUUUCAGAAUCGUCGCAUGAAAUGGCGUCAUUCUACUCGUGGCACUACAAUCAGUGGAAAAAUUGUAAAUUCUCAUGAAAAUUCAGAUGUAAAUGACGAUGACGAACAAUUUACAAGUAGCGAUGAAGAAGAUACAGAAAUUGAUGUUGUUACUGAUCAUUAGAAGAUAC